GAGGCCUGAGCAAAAAAGUGUGCGAGGUUUCAGCAGUCGUCGGUUACGGAAGUCCGGAACAGGUUCUACGAACCAGAGAUUUUAUCAUCUUCCUUUGGAAUGGAACACCUUAUUUAAGCUAGCUUGCUGUUCAUAAUGAAAUUGAUUAGAGAACAGCUGUUUAUGUUCAUUCAAAUUCAUCGCUUCAGAAGGGCUAGGUAGUUGGCAUUACCCUGAAAUCAUGUUAGUCACAAAACAAGAAGGAGAACGAGAAGGAGAAGGUAUUCAUUUUAGUUGGGGUCGCAAGACGGGUGUUCAACAUUACGAAUCAUUCACCUACAAUGGCACAGAAUAUUCCCUUUAUGAUUGUGUGUAUGUGUGGUGCAAUGAUGAACCCGAGCCUCAAAUUGGCAAGCUUGUCAAGAUAUUUGAAACACAUACAGGCAUCAGGAAGGCAAAGGUUGUGUGGUUUUUCAGACCAAUUGAUAUACAAAACUGGUUAGGUGAUGUCCGACCUCUCCCAAGUGAGUUGUUCUUGGCUUCUGGCAAGGGGAAAGGCAUUUUCAAUGUGAUUCCGUUGGAAGCAAUCUGUGGGAAAUGCUCAGUUGUCUGCACAUCAAAAGAUAGAAGAAACACUCAGCCAACAGAAGAAGAGCUGAGAAAGGCCUCUUAUGUAUUCUUCCGUACGUUUGAUGCACAAAGCCGCAGAUUAUCAAAGAUAUUCCCCGAUUUAAUCGUGAAUGUUGAAGUGAAGAAUUACUUUAAUCAAAGGAAAGAGUCGCAGUCUCAUCCUGCCCAAGAGCCUUUAUCAUUAGAUAAGACUUCAGAAAAAAAGGCUUACUAUCCUGUAAAGAAUGAUUCUGUUGUUGUGCCUGGUACAUCCCAAUUAUUGAAGAGGAAACAUGAAAACCCUGAACCCUCUCCACCGAGGAAGAAGCAUGGAAGUGCUAUAGAUGUCCCUUAUACCUCCUUACCAAAGAAGAUAAAACAUGGAAACCAUUCAGGACUUUCUCUUCAAUCAAAUGUGAGCCGGAGAAAAGGUUCGGAGGAGAAGGCAGUGCAAUUGGAAUACAAAGUCAGCGAGUUUCAUGCAAAAGCCGAGUAUUUGGAAAAGAAUAAGAGCUUGAGAACUGAUUCUCAAAUUAUGGAAGUUGCACGAAAGCCAACCGAGGAAUCAAGCAGAUGGUUCACCGAACAACCAUGGGAGGAAAGAAUGCUUAUGGCUCAAGAAAAAGGUACACUGGUCUUACUGGGAAACCUUGAUCCCUCAUUCACUUCAAUAGAUGUGGAGUCUAUUCUCUCGUGUGCUUUCAACAUGAAGGUUAGUGCAAAGAUGAUACAGCGUAGUAGGACAUUCUCUAGCCUGCACUCUGGUACUUCUCAAGAAUGCUUUCUGAGCCAUCUAUAUCUUUAACUAUGCCAUUAAUUGCUCGAACAAAAGCUCUUAAAGAUCCAAGAAAUCAAAGUCUCUUUUUUGGCCACCUUACAAUUGAGCGAAUGAAGCCUCAAAAGCAACGAAUAGAGAUGAGGUCGGCAGUAUCAACAUCCCACUAUUCCCAAGACAAUACCAUUGAGUAUGAGAUGGCGUUGGAAUGGUUUGUACUACAAGAGCGAUCAAAUCGAUGGUGGGAAGCGUUAUUUGAGAGUCAAGCAAAAGAUCUGGCAGAGCUUAAGAGCAAAGCAAAGAUCCAGCAGUAAUCUGAGACGAUUCAGUCUUUCAGGUUGAAUUCUGCCCCAUUUCCCCUCUCAAGGAAGCAAGUUUUUGUUAUGGUCUGCAAAGUUACAGAAUGGCAUGUAUAUUGGGCGUUCUCUUUCUAACCAGAGAGGAACAAGAUGCAGGUUUUUGUUUCACAUUUUGUUCCAGCAAGCUAAUAUUAGAUAUGAUGCCAAACCUUUUUUUUAAUUUAUUUAAAAAAUCCGAUAUAUAUUACCCAUAUUACUGUCGUU